CCCGGGCCGCGCCGCCCCCGGGCGGGGCCGCGCUCGGGUUUCACAUCCUGCCCCGCUCGCGGGCAGAGCGGGCGGACCAUGGCGGAGAGCUCGGACUGGGUGGAGAUCAUCGAGCCCCGCUCGCAGGAGCGGAUGUACGUCAACCUGACCACCGGCGAGUGCGGCUGGGAGCCCCCUCCCAACCUGAAGGUGCGCCAGUCGGACCAGAGGCAGUGGUGGGAGCUCUUCGACCACAACAACAACCGCUUCUACUACUACAAUGCCAUCACCCAGCAGACGGUGUGGCACCGGCCCCAGGGCUGUGACAUCGUGCCCUUGGCGCAGCUCCAGGCCAUGAAGCGCAGCUCCCAGCCCGACGGCCGGGGCCGGCAGCACCGCGGCAGCACCGGCAGCGAGGGCAGAAGCACUCCCAUCCAGAUGGCCCUCCUGCAGGAGAUGGAGAAGGGCAAGGGGGACUGCGCCGCCGAGAAGAGGAAGGACCCUGGCAGGGAGACUCCUACACACUGGCAGCCCCUGCCAGGCACGAAAGCAGCCAUGCUGGUCAAAGUGAACAGUCUGAGGCAGGGACAGAGUUCUUCUAACAGCUCCCUGCAGCUGCAGGGUGCUCCAGAGGCCAACAGCCAAAAAUCUCUUCCAAAACCAGCCAUAUAUGCUCAGCCUCAACCCACAUCCCAGAGCCCUGGAGCCACAAAGCGAAUGCCUGCAGGAGACACGAAGCAGUCUAUGCAGAUCAAAAAGACAGAGAACGGUGGGUUUUGCCUAGUGCUGAUGAAUGGUCCAACUUCUCAAACACCUCCAAGGAGCCGAACAGGAACCCCCCAGCCUGCAUCCCCCAAGUAUGCCUCCCCUGCCCCUAUAUACGAUGAGCCAUCUUUAGAGUCUCCUAUUUAUGAUGAGCCACCAGUAGAUAUGGACACUGAAAGCAUCAGUAUGAGUAGGAUGUCUCCACCAAGGUCACCAAACAGUAGCUUAAAAAAGCAGCUGCAACCAACCAAAUUAUUACAGCAUCCAGGUAUGCAACAGCAGCAAGCUGCAAAGAAGCAUGCAAGAAACCCUUCCUCCACUGAAUACAGCCCAGCUGGCAGGGAGUAUAUAAAGCACAUGGUCAACGUUGAUCAGUCUUCCAAACUCUCCCACUCUUCUGCUGCAACAGCUGAUGCUUCUACUAAACUGCCUGGUCAGCUUACUUCCAAGGACAGCUUCAAGCAGUCUUGGAGGAUCUUGGAAGCCAACGUCCUCAAGAACAUGGAAGCUCACCACAGCCGGCAGAACAGCCUGCAAACUCAAGAGUACCCAACUGGUAUAAGCCAUCAGGAUUCUGGUUAUUCAACUGGCCCCUCUCCAAGCUUGAGGAAAAGGAAAGGAAGGAGGCAAGGGACAGGUCAGGGGAGACCUGGCUCUGUGGGCAGCAGCAGCGAGCUCACAGCUUUGAACGAUAAGCUGAUUGCUGAGAUGCGUGCUGUGGUGGGCAGGUCAGCAGCUUGCAGGGGGAGCAAAGCCAGCCUGGAUGCUCAAAGUCUGGAGAGUGGCAUCCCAGCAGAGAACAGCAAAGUCAGGUUUCAGUCCGACCACUUGAAAAAAUGCGUCAGCCGGAGCUCAAGGGACGACGUCUCAGCCAGUAACAGGUCUCUGUAUAGACAGGGCCUGGAGAGCAGGGGCAGUUUUCCCAGCAGUGUGGGUGCUUCGCAGGACACAGUGAGGCAGAAGAGGACUUUUGAGAAAAUAGAUUCUUUAGAAAAGAACGUGACCAGCCAGACAAGUUUGGCUUCAUCAGAUGCUACACGGCGCUCCUCCCAGCCUGGGACAAUCGAGUUGGACCCCAAGCAGGAGAGCAGCGUCCAGCCCGCCGGCUGUGUGGGGUGUCACUUCCCCUACAACACCCUGCGGAAGCCCCUCUCCCAGAGCAGCAUGGCAGACUGGGCCUCCAAGAACCUCAACAUGCACACCCAGGGCAUCUUCCGUCGGAGGAUCUCCAUCUCCAACAUGCUGUCCUGGAACGGCGGCUCCAUCAAAAAGCCGAUGCUCAUCACCAGCAACCGCACCGUCAAGAAGGAGGCCUGCGAGAUGUUCAAGCUGGUGCAGAGCUACAUGGGAGAUCGUCAGACCCGCAUGGACCGGAACCACGUGGCGCUGGUCACGGUCACCAAGUGCUGGAGCAUGCAGGGGCUGCGGGACGAGCUCUACAUCCAGCUGAUCCGGCAGACAACGGACAACACGUGCUACCGGAGCCUGGCGUGGGGCUGGGAACUGAUGGCCAUCAGCCUGGCCUUCUUCUCCCCAUCGCCCAAGUUUCAGUCUUACCUGGAAGGUUACAUUUAUCGCCACCUUGACAGUGAUGAGAACAUUGCCCAGCGCAUCAAGGAGCUUGUGGAUCUGAAAAACAAGAAGAACUCAAAAUCCAGGAAGAAGAGGAAACAAAACACUGAGGAUGAAGGCCUGCCCAUCAGCACCUACGCCAAGUACUGCUACAGGAAACUCCAGAAAGUGGCUGUCACCGGAGGCAAGAAGGGCCUCCGCAAGCCCACGGUGGAAGAGAUAACCCACGCCAGGAACGCCAUCCUGACGCCGUCGCUGUUUGGCAGCUCCCUGGAGGAGAUCAUGCUGCGGCAGCAGGACAUGUACCCGGGCAACAAGCUGCCCUGGGUGCAGACGCAGCUGUCGCAGCAGGUCCUGGCUCUGGGAGGAGAACAGACAGAGGGGAUUUUCAGGAUACCUGGUGACAUAGACGAGGUCAAUGCACUGAAGCUGCAGGUGGAUCAGUGGAGAAUCCCCAGCGGCCUCAGCGACCCCAACAUCCCAGCCUCCCUUCUCAAGCUGUGGUAUCGGGAGCUGGAGGAGCCUGUGAUCCCACAGCAGUUCUACAAAGAGUGUAUCAGCAACUACGAGAACCCCGACGCUGCCGUGGCUGUGGUGCAGCUUCUGCCGGAGCUCAACAGGCUGGUGCUGUGUUACCUCAUACACUUCCUCCAGGUCUUUGCUCAGCCAUCAAACGUGGGCAGGACGAAGAUGGAUGUGAAUAACCUGGCCAUGGUGAUGGCCCCCAACUGCCUGCGCUGCCAGUCUGAUGACCCUCGUGUCAUCUUUGAGAACACACGCAAAGAAAUGUCCUUCCUUCGCAUGCUGAUAGUGCACUUGGACACCAGCUUCAUCAAAGGGCUGGUCUGAGCCACUGACCCCCAUGUCCAAGACUGCUCUGGGGAUUGGCUGGGUACCCAAAGUCUUCUCCCCUAUACUUAGGUUUCUUCCAUUGUCCUUGCUGUUGUCACAGUCUGAGCAUCUCCCAGCAUAUGAUCUUGGGGACAAGAUUAGACACUCCUGGAAGGCUCAGGCUGUUCAGCACCAGGAGGUCCUUGGACAUGCCAGGGUAGAUGCAGUGGUUCCUGGCCUCCCAGUGUGUGUCAGAGAGGGUAGCCAGUCUUCUGGGAGCUGCAGGACUGGUUGCUCUUUGAAAAGGCUGUGAUGUCUGUGAGAAACUGCUACCUGGGGCAUUAAGACUCUCCAUCUGCCUUCUGGAGGCAUCAUUGGCUUCAGAUAGGAGGACAUCAUUCCUGUGUUGUGGUGUGAGCUGGUCUUGCUGGAGAUGCUGCCCCGCUGGGGAUAAUUUCACUGCUAUGGAGCCAGCCUGGUUCACCUCUGCAGACUGUUGGUUGGAGGCAUGAGGGUUGUUGGGCACCUCAUGAUGUUGUUGGCAGGGGGAUGUGAAGGUGCAGGAGGUUCGCUGAGGCAGAGGGUUUCCUUGGAGUGCCCUGGCAAGUGGAAGUACAUUGCAGCCCAGGGGGAGGAGGUGCCUGAGCCUCUGCUGUGGAUGGUUGGCUGGGCAGACACCCCAGUGCUGGGAGCCCUGACAGGUUGCAUCCCCACAGCACCCAUCUCCUCCUUUAGGCAGCCUCAGAGCUGCACAGCUGCAUGUGGCCCUGUGCUGAGCUCAGCCAGCACCCACCCAUGCCAUGGGGCUGGGGACAAGGAGGAGGCCACAUCCCUGACAGCAAUGCCAAACAACCUCUCUGGCAUUCUGCUAACGAGGGCCAUGUCCUCUGGAGGGGCAACCAGAGCAGCCUUGCAGCUGCUUUGCUACGGGCAGCAUGAGCAGACACCAGCUUUCCUGAAGAGCAUCUGAGACUGUACUUAGAGUCGGGCACCCCCUGCCCUGGUACCACCUCCUUCCCAGACCAUGCUGCUGGGAACUCAGUACCAGUUUUGCCCACUCUCCUGGUUCACCCAGGUCUAAAGAAAUCCAGGAAGACCCCCCAGCUGCAGGAAGUGCUCCUGUGCUCAGGUGUGCCCUCCGAGGCAGAGCAGCAGCAUGACCGUGUGCUCACAGAAUGCUGACGCUGUUGGAGUCAACUGUGGCACCCGUGUUCUUUCCACCAAAUCCCCACGGGAGUUGCCAAGGGAUUGGGAAGGGAAGGGGAUGGAAUGAAAGGGAAGAGGAUGGGAUGGAAGGGAAGAAGCAGACCUGAGCAGCCAAUGUGUGGUGGAGCCUGCACAGGGGUGAUGUCAGGCAGGCAGCUCAGCACUCUGCUGCUGUUGGACCCCUGCAGCACAGCAAGGACAGUGUCUUCCAGAGGCAGCACAGGGGUUUCCUCCCCAACAGCCUCCAGAUACUGUUGCAUGUUCCUUAGCAAGCAGCAAUUUCUAAUUCUGUGGCAUCCUGGUGUUACUCUUCUCUUCCUUUGAAGUGUUUUCCCUGCUGGCGUCAGGUCUGCUGCAAAAAGCUGCAUGUUGGGAUUAUUCAUGCAAUGCCAGGUCUGUCGUAGCACCCAAGGUUGCAUUUGCAUUUCUGCAUCCUCCUCCCUUGCAAGUGGGGACCUGGGAUCAUCCUCUCCUGAUUGCAGUGGGGAGCUGAGCCCUGCCAGCAGUGAGGCUUAAAGCUGAUGCCUGGAUCUGUACCAAAAGUUUGGGCAUACAGUGCCAUGUGCAGCGUGGCCUGAGCCUGCUGCCUGGUCCCAUCUCCUGGUGUGCAGGAGUGGGGUUUCCAGGGCACACCUUUGCUUGGAUGAACUCCACAGCAGGAGUUCAGUUUGUGCCCAGAUGAGCAAGGGUCAUGGUUUCCCUCCUUGUACCAAAUGCUUCUGUGGUCCAGUGGGCCAGGAAAUCUUGCUCCCGUGUCAGGAUUAGCUCUGUCAAACAUGGCCCCCAAAAAUGUGCCAGAAUCUGCUUCACACACCCACCCCAUCCUGUCCUGGUGCUUCACAUCCAUUCAGCUCAGCCUUCUGAAGCACUGGACAACUUGUACUUCAGGUGUGGGGCUGCUUUCCCAGAACUGUAGAGGCAGGCAGGGGUCACCAGCUCUGCCACGUUGUACAGCAACUGGAACUGCUGAGCAGUCUUGGGGUGCCAGGUCCUGCCCUGCUGGGCUGGAGCAGCCGUGUGGUGCUGCCCCCCCUCUGGGGGCUGCAGGUGCCUGUCCUGUGUUGGGCUGUGGUGCAGCCCCCCAGCCCCAGGAGAUCCAUGGUAUUCCUUGCACUUAGCUGUAGCAGGCAAUCAAACCAUAGGCAUUUGCUGCUAUGACAAAUGAAAGCUUCGUGCCAGGGCUGUAAAAUAGGCUGAUAAAUGACACUGGAUUUUAUUUUCUUUGCCAACAGGUUUGUAAAUACGGAAUCAGCAAAGCAGCCUCUCCUCUGUUAUAAUAAUAAAUACAAUCUCCAUGGUUU